ACUUUCGUGUUCAUUCUAUUUCCGGCAGUCGUUGAGGUGAGUCGUUUAUCUGCAAGUAAAGGGCCGAGUGUUAUUAGAAAAAAGUGAAUUUUUGUGAAAAGAAAGUUAAAAGUGAUGAGUGCUAAAACUGCUGUAAAUGGUGGCGGGCCUUUGCCUCAGCGGCCGCAAAAAAAUCAAGGAGACAAGAACCAAGACAAAGCCAUGGAUGGGCCAGCAGAAAAGAAACCUCGUUUUAAUCAAGGAGGUGGCCCAAUUCAGAACAAUCAAAACCAAAAUCAGAAUAAAGGUUUUGGUGGAAAUAAGAAUAACCAAGCCUUCGGAAAUAGAAAUAAAAAUCGUGGAGGUGGCAAUCAGAACGCCAACAAAGGAAAUUUCCAAAAUCAACAGAAUCAGAAUCAGAAUCAACAGAAACAACAGCAAGCUCAAGCUCAAGCAGCACCUGAUCAAGCCACGGGCGGCGCAGCUGCUAAAGAUGUUAAGGCUCAAGCGGAAAAUAAACCAGCAAAUACUAAUGCUGGUCCAGGAAACGCUCCGCAUCAACAAAAUCAGCAAAAUCAACAAACCAACAAAAUCAACAAAACCAACAAAAUCAACAAAACCCCCAACAGAACAACCAGAACCAACAACAAAAUAAUCAGAAUCAACAACAAAAUAAUCAGAAUCAACAAUUCCAACAAAACCGACAACAACAUGGUGGUGGCGGCUUUGGCGGUGGCGGUUUUGGCGGUGGCAAUAACAACAAUGAUGGCGGAAUGGGCGGCAGAGGAGGCCAACGUGAUCGUGGUCAAAAACGAGACCGUAACUUCGGAAAUCGUGAUGGUCGUGAUGGUGGUGGCCCAAGAGGUGGAGGUGGCGGCGGCGAUGGCCCACGUGGUGGUCGCAAUGACGAUUUCUUCGUUAAUCAGCGCUUGCGUUCCAUCUCUGGUCCCACCCACGAGCUUGAAGCUAUUCAGGCCUCCGAGGAAAGCAAAUUCUCUGGACGUAACCGUCUGUAUGUCGGUAAUCUAACUGGUGAAGUUAGCGAAGAAGAACUAAGAGAGCUCUUCAAGCCAUACGGUGAAAUAGCCGAAGUUUUCUGUAAUUCAGAAAAGAAUUUUGCAUUCCUUAAAAUGGACUAUCAUGCCAAUGCUGAACGUGCAAAGCGCGAACUCGAUGGCACAAAUCGCAAAGGACGCGUUUUGCGUGUUCGUUUCGCCCCUAAUGCCACAGUUUUGCGUGUCUCGAACCUUACACCAUUUGUUUCGAAUGAAUUGCUCUAUAGAGCAUUUGAAAUCUUUGGUCCCAUUGAAAGGGCUAUGGUCAAUGUUGACGAUCGUGGUAAAUCUACCGGGGAGGGUAUUGUUGAAUUUGCCAAAAAGUCCUCAGCCAACAUAUGUCUGCGCUACUGCAAUGAGAAGUGUUUCUUCCUCACUGCUUCAUUGAGACCCUGUGUCGUUGAACCAUUCGAUUUGACCGAUGACAAUGACGGUCUACCCGACAAGUCGCUGAACAAAAAACUGUCCGAAUUCAACCAUGAACGUGGCAUUGGACCUCGGUUUGCCGAACGUGGAAGUUUCGAACAUGAAUAUGGCACCAGGUGGAAGCAAUUGCAUGAAUUAUUCAAGAGCAAACAGGAAGCUCUAAAACGUGAACUAAAAAUGGAGGAAGAGAAAUUGGAGGCGCAGAUGGAAUAUGCUCGUUAUGAGCACGAAACAGAACUCCUCAGACAAGAAUUGCGCAAGCGCGAGUCAGACAAUGAACGCAAGAAAAUGGAAUGAAUGCGUGAGAAACAAGCUGAAGAGAUGCGCAAACGCGACGAAGAACAAGUUCGCCGCCAACAGACCGAAAUGCAAUCGCGCAUGUUGCGUCAAGAAGAGGAGAUGCGCAGACGUCAGCGAAACACAUUGUUUAUGCAAGCUCAACAGUUGAACUCAUUGCUGGAUCAGCAAGAGGGUGGCUUCAGUGGCAAUUGCAAUAACUUUGAUGGCUUUGGAAACAACCCAAAUCCAUUCGAUUUUAGAGGCAAUAACAAUGGACCCAAUGGUCCCAAUGGCCCUAAUGGUCCCAACGGCCCUAAUGGCCCAAACAACCCGCAGGUACGUUCAUUUUUCAAUAUGUUCAAAAGGAGAAGGCAAUAGAGCGUUACUUUAAAACUGAAAUAACUCAAAAUUAAAGUCCACAUCUUAAGAUAUUGAUAUUGGAAAAAAACUGCAUAUUUGCUCUUCAAACUAUUGUGAAAUCAUUAAGAACGCCAAAAGCAAUUGGCGAUAGCAACUCUUCUCAGUUGCUCAGUAGCUCGUCAAUAUUGAUGAAACAGUAUUUUGUGUUAUUCACAACAAUCAUUUGUUCAGCUAAGAAAAUUGUCAGAACAGUUGAAUGGACAUUUUAUCUUAUAUAUAUAUUCCUACAAGACUUUGGGGGUCUCUGCCAACAAACACAUUGAACAAAUAGCUUAGUAACCAUUAUAACCUGUUUAAUUUUUAGUUUAUUUUUUAUUUUGUAAAUACUUUUGUUUUGUGAUUAUAUUUAGCGAAUGUUAAACCUAUGUCACAAUA